GAUGAAAUUGAGUUUUAUUCUUGUGCUAAUUGGGGGUGUUUUGGGGGUGGCCUGUGAUGAUAUCCUUGAGGAUUCCCGGCUGACGACAACGGAGCUGCUGCGGAAGUAUGGGUACCCAGCUGAGACGCACAUCGUGACAACUAACGAUGGGUACAUGUUGGAAUUGCAUCGGAUCCCCAAUCCAGGGGGUCAGGUGGCUUUCCUCAUGCACGGAAUGCUCAGCUCGUCGGCGGAUUGGAUCCUGAUGGGACCAAAUGUGGGCCUUGGGUAUAUGUUGCACGAUUUGGGCUACGACGUGUGGAUGGGCAAUGCACGAGGGAAUCGCUAUUCACGGCGUCAUACGAAUCUGAAUCCCAAUUUGUCUGCUUUCUGGGCUUUCUCCUGGCACGAGAUUGGUGUUAGUGAUCUCCCGGCCAAUAUUGACUACAUCGUUCAGCAUACGGGUCGGAGUCAAAUUCACUACAUUGGACACUCCCAGGGGACAACGGUUUUCUGGGUAAUGGCAUCAGAAGUUCCGCAGUACAACAGUCGAAUCCUCUCAAUGCAGGCUCUUGCUCCAGCUGCCUAUAUGCAUCACACACGUAGCCCCUAUGUCAAUGGGUUGGUAAUGUGGUUGACUUCCACUACGAUGGCUUUGCAGGUCAUGGGAGUGCAUGACUUUGCACCUACGGAUCAGAUGAAUCGUGUUGGGGGCCAGGAUCAAUGCCGCGAUGGAGCUCCUACGCAGUCAAUGUGCUACAAUGAGAUCUUCCUCCUAGCAGGAUAUAAUUCAGCUGAACUGAACACAACAAUGCUGCCAGUUAUCAACGGCCAUUCCCCAGCUGGUGCAUCAACGCGUCAAAUGAUUCACUUCGGUCAGGUAACACGACACCGCAUCUUCCGGCAGUACGAUCACGGCCCAGCAAUGAACCAGAUCAUCUAUGGACAACUAGUUCCUCCUCUGUACAACCUGCACCUUAUCUCAUCUCCCGUCUUCCUCUACCACAGCUUCAAUGAUUGGCUUGCAGCCCCCGAGGAUGUUGAUCUGCUGCAUCGACGCCUACCGAAUGUGCGGGUGAAGCAUUUGGUUUCAAUGAUGGAAUUCAAUCAUUUGGACUUUGUCUGGGCAAUCAAUCAAAGGACACUCCUCCAUGAGCACGUAAUCCGGAAUAUGCGUGCAAUGGAGAAUUGAUUUAUGGUGCAGCUAAAGUCAUUUUGUAUUGUUCAUUCUGUGCAAACCACUCGGCGCUCUCUUGCGCUGUUUUACGCCAAUAAACUGCAAGUUCUUGAUAACUCGGUCCGUGUCCACCAAGA